CCCUGUGGCCCCGCCCCGAGCGCUGAGAGGGUUUCCAGCGCAGCCCAGAAAGAGAGGCAGAGAGAACCAAAGAAGCUCCUUCUCGCUAAGUUCCUGCGGGCUGCCAAGUAUCGCGAGGUCUCCCUGAGUGAGAGGAAAAAGGGGGAUUCAGACGAUGGGGUCCGCGUUGAGCAGUGACGGGAGGGAAGCAGCCACUUCGCCGGGCUCCGGAGGCCUCCAAGCCGGGAUCCCGCCGCUCCCUCUGCAGUUGGGGCGAACGGGAGAAGAAAAAGCCCAACAGCAGCAACAACAACAGAUCCCUUCUUUCGACUGCUCCAUCUGCUUGGAAGUGCUCAACCAGCCCGUCAGGACGCAGUGUGGACACGUGUUUUGCCACUCCUGUAUCGCAACAAGUUUACGAAAUAAUGCAUGGACGUGUCCUUAUUGCCGGGCUUAUCUUCCCUCGGAAGGAAUGCCAGCAACAGAUAUUACCAACAUGAUGAAAAAUAUAUAUCAAAACUGCACAGAAUGUGCAACACAGGUGUGCCUUAGUGAAAUGAGAGCUCAUUUGAGGAAUUGUGAGCAAUAUAUAGAGAAAUAUGGACCCCUUCAAGAGGUUGCAUAUCCAGAAACAAGAUAUGCUUGUCCUUUAUGUCAGUAUGAAUUAAAUGAAAAUGAUCUCCUGGACCAUUUCCUUACAUAUCACAGAUCUGAAAGGAGACCAGUGUGCUGUCCAAUUUGUCGCUUGCACCCUAGUGGUGGUCCCAGUUAUUACAGCAGGAAUUUUAUACGCCACCUUCAGCUCAGACAUACCUUCUAUUACGAAGACUAUAUAGAUAUAGAUGUUGUCGAAGAAGUUCUCAUUGAAAGAGUUCUAGACCAAUCAUUUCUGGACUAUGUCCAUGUGAACAGUUCAAAUGUUGUAUAAUCUUAUCAAAACAAUUGGAGAAAAUGCAAUUUAUAUUACAUUAUAAAUUAAAACGUUGGCUGUUACAUUCCUUGUCAGCUUCUUUACAACACUAGAUGAACCUUUCUAACAGCAAAUUAUAUUUAAGCCUGUAAAAACCCACCAUUUUCUUAUGCUGUGGAAGGAAUUUGGACAUUUUAUGAUUUACUGAGACUGAAACACACCUAAGGAUCCUGCGCUGAAAAAAAAAAGUGUUUCCUGUCAAAAAGAAGUGGCAAAUGACUUUUUUAACUCCUUUCUUUCUCAAUCAGGGUGCCACUGCAUCAAAAAUUCCCAGAUUCACACAGCAUCUGAUUUAUGCCAGCAAAUGCUUAUUUGAUUUUUGGAAAAAUUAUAUUUGAUUAAAAUAUUCUUGAAGAAUUUUCAUUUGGUUCCAGCCAACAUUAGAAGACGAAUACAAUGGAACAAGCCUGUGUUGAAAACUGAUUUACACAAACAUAUGUGCCAUUGAUAUAGGAUGUGCAAAGCAAUACAGCACAAGUGUUUGCAAUUAUAAUUCUGGGCCCACUUUUAGAUUUCUGUCAAACAAGUUGACGUGUUGUUUUUUUAGUGGCUAUGACACAGAUUUUGCUGUACAAAUGGCUUCCAUUGCAAUUACCUAAUUCUGAUUCAGCCCCUGAUCUUCAAGACUGUGAAAGGCAAGAAGGAGGCAUCUUCCAAACUAGUAAUGAAAAAAGAUUUAUUUUCAAAGAAACUCCAAACAUCCCUUCAAAAUUAAAUGAACUGAAAUUUGUCUUGCUUUGGUUUAUUACCGUCAUUGUGGAAAAUAAUUUGACCAAGUUGCUCUUCAAAAUAUGAAUCGUUAACACUUUUUCAUUCCCCAGCAAGAAUUACUGACAUAUUUCCUAAAAUUAUUGAAAAAUUACCAAAUUCAGAGCAUCUCGAAAUGUAUUUCUUAGAGCAGGUUGGAGUUUUCAUUAUCAUGAAGAUGGGAUGCCAAGGACAAAGAAGAAAACGUUGCUUUUUAAAAUCUUGCAUCACUGAGUGGAAAUCAAGACAGAGAAACAUCAGUUACAUUUUGCAGAAAAAUAUUGUAUUGUAUAAUUGGAUUGACCUCAGUAGAAUUCUUCAUAUGUUUUACAGUGUUAGCAGCUGAAAUAGCUAGCUGCAUUUUAUCAGUAAAUUAUCAUUGACAUAUGUAAAAUAAUGUACAGUAUAGCAACUACUGUGAAUAAUUUAAUUUCUCCCCUCAUCUUUUUCAAUGCUAUGCUAAAUAUCCAAUUUUUGUAGCAGGGCAGCAAGACUAAUAUGACUUUUAUAUUUUAAGUAUUUAACACUGUAUUUUUUCAUAAUGCAACUGACUGUAAAUAUCCUUUAUAAAAAUUAAAGUGUACAUUUAUACACAAA